GAAAUACACUCAGUUCAAGUAAAGGAUCAGUUUCAGGAUUCAGGCUGAGUUGUCUUGAUGAUUAGAAUUCAGGCUCUAAGGAGAAGCCCCAAGGCCAAGGGUAUUGAAUAUAAUAGCAAGUGGGAGCCACACCUGACCUCUGGAGAAUGUGGACUGGAUAUAAGAUUUUAAUUCUUUCUUAUCUCACCACAGAAAUUUGGAUGGAGAGACAGUAUUUAUCUCAAAGAGAAGUGGACCGAGGAGCUAAUUUCACUAGGAAUCACACCAUUUUGGAAGGUACUCGAUUCAAAAGAGCCAUUUUCAAAGGGCAAUACUGUAGAAGUUUUGGUUGUUGUGAAGACAGAGAUGAUGCCUGUGUGACUCAGUUCUAUGAGACAAAUGCACUGUGUUACUGUGAUAAAUUCUGUGAAAGGGAGAAUUCUGAUUGCUGUCCUGAUUACAAGUCAUUUUGCCGUGAAAAGAAGGAAUGGCCUCCUCACACAAAGCCUUGGUAUCCAGAAGGUUGCUACAGAGAUGGUCAACGUUAUGAAGAAGGAUCAGUAAUUAAAGAAAACUGCAAUUCCUGCACAUGCUCAGGACAGCAAUGGAAAUGUUCCCAGCAUGUAUGCCUUGUUCAACCAGGAUUAAUUGAACAUGUCAAUAAAGGAGACUAUGGAUGGACAGCCAAGAACUACAGCCAAUUCUGGGGAAUGACUUUGGAGGAGGGUUUCAAAUAUCGCCUUGGCACCCUGCCACCCAGCCCCUUGCUCCUGAGUAUGAAUGAAGUGGCAGCUUAUUUACCUGAAACAACUGAUCUUCCGGAAUUCUUUAUUGCUUCUUACAAAUGGCCUGGAUGGACCCAUGGCCCAUUGGAUCAAAAAAAUUGUGCUGCAUCCUGGGCUUUUUCUACUGCAAGUGUAGCAGCUGACCGCAUAGCGAUUCAGUCCAAAGGUCGAUACACAGCCAACCUAUCCCCUCAGAAUUUGAUCUCUUGCUGUGGCAAGAACCACUAUGGAUGCAACAGUGGAAGCAUCGAUAGGGCUUGGUGGUACCUGAGAAAACGUGGACUGGUAUCCCAUGCAUGCUAUCCACUUUUCAAGGAUCAAAAUGCUACCAAUAAUGGCUGCGCCAUGACAAGUAGGUCUGAUGGACGGGGAAAGCGACAUGCCACCAAGCCCUGUCCCAACAGCAUCGAGAAAUCCAAUAGGAUCUACCAAUGUUCUCCUCCAUACAGGGUCUCUUCCAAUGAAACUGAGAUAAUGAAAGAAAUCAUGCAAAAUGGACCAGUUCAAGCCAUAAUGCAAGUCCAUGAGGAUUUCUUCAAUUAUAAGAAAGGGAUAUAUAGACAUGUUACCGGCACAAAUGAAGAAUCAGAAAAAUAUCAAAAGCUUCAUACACAUGCAGUCAAACUGACUGGAUGGGGCACACUGAGAGGAGCAAAGGGGCGGAAAGAAAAAUUUUGGAUUGCUGCCAAUUCCUGGGGAAAGUCCUGGGGAGAGAAUGGCUAUUUCAGGAUUCUUCGAGGAGUAAAUGAGUCUGACAUUGAAAAGUUGAUUAUCGCAGCUUGGGGCCAACUGACAAGUUCAGAUGAACCAUAACAAAGCACUAAAUUUCCAUAAGGCCAGGCAUUCAAGUCACCCUUUAAGUUGAAAUUAAGCAGCGUGACGUUCUCUGUGACAGUGGAAUCUCUGCCUCUUGGCCUUGUUAGUAUAACGUGCUUGUUUUCUUGUUUCACCCUGGGCUCUAAGCUCCUGCUUCCUUUAUAUUACCGAGUAUGUAAAAACACUAACAGAGCAUGGAGAGUGGCUUCAAAUACAUUUCGAGUUCCCUGGCAGUCUUUAUUUCCCUCUCCUGACAAUGUUCUUUUUGACUUUUAUCAUUUAACAGUGUGAUGGCACUUGUUCUAAACAUUCACAGCAUUUGUUUGUAGAUGUGAUCUGGUUUCUCUCUCUUUGACCAAUGAGAACUGAAAAAAAGCACCGAAAACACCAAUUUACCAUUGUUACGAUUUUUUUCAACCCAAUAAUGCCUUCUUAAUUCAGACCUUGCUUAUGUUUUGCCAGAAAGAGAUGGAAAUAGAUUGUUUCCCUCAGUAAGCU